AUGAAUAUGUUGGAUGAUGAAUAUGACCAAAGCUUUCACGCUACGCGUGACGGCUACUCCCAUUUGAGCGAUGUCGAAUGGGAUGCGGUUGAACGAAUGGGUUCGACCAUGGGCAUCCAUGCUGUUAGCGUCAUGCUAGAGGCUCUCAAUAGAGAUGCCCAACAUGCUACUAUCGCCAAGUUUAUUCAAAAUGAACUUGACGCAAAACGCGAGAAAGUAGCCUUGCUUCACCAACAAGGUUCUCAACAAGCAGAGUUGUUGAGAGAACAGGGUGCUCAACAGUUUGAACUGUUGAGACAGCAGCAGGCUGCUGCUGGUGGGUCGAUGCACUCGCGUCGACCCGAGACUUUGAAGAUUGACAUCUCCAAGGCGCGUCGCAUCGACGAUGGGGAUAUGCAAGCUGCAUUUGCCCAGUCAAAUCUGGCAGGACGUGCCAAGACUUGGGCACUGGGGCUCAAGUUGCACGACCCAUAUGCGUUUGGGUCGUUGGAAGUCUUCAAGUCGCGGCUCAGACAAACGUUUGAACCGCCUAGAGCUGAGUUCAGAGCUCGAACCGAACUCUUGAAGCUCAAGCAGGGUAAGCGUGAUGUACACGCUUACGCUCAGCAUAUACGACAUCUCACGAGUUGUAUAAGUUCCAAUCCGGUGGAUGAACACACGUUGGUUUCGGUGUUCAUGCAGGGUCUUGCGGAUGGUCCCGUCAAGACUCACCUGUUCCGGCUUGAACUAGAUUCACUAAAACAAGCCAUUUCCAUUGCGGAGCAGGAAGACUUCAGUCUGAGACAGGCUCGCGCUGGACUUGCUGAUUCGCCUACAGCAAUCCGGGGCAGCGCCCUUGUCGUCGGCGCAAGCGCCUCCAAGUUCACAUGGGAAGGAUCCCGGAACGGCUUAAGUAAGACUACGUAG